CAGCCCCAGCACUCCAAAAAUUUGUCUACAGUCGUUUCUUGUGACUACCCUCACCGUCAACAUGAAGACCGCUUUCAUCGCCGCUGCCAUCACCACCCUGGCCUCCGUCGCCAGCGCCCAGGGCGGCUUUAACAUAGACGACCUGCCCCAGUGCUCGCUCCAAUGCUUCCUCACCACGCUUAGCGGUGACGGCUGCUCCGGCCUCCUCGACUACGAGUGCCACUGCAAGAAGUCCGGUCUCACCGAGACCAUCACGCCCUGCGUCCAGAAGGCCUGUGAGGCCAAGGACCAGGCCACCGUUGCCUCCGCUGUCGUCGCUCUCUGCAGCCAGUACGGCGUGAGCAUCUCCGUGCCCGACAUCCAGUCGACGGCAGCGCCUGCCUCCUCCGCAGCUACCUCCGCUGCUGCCUCCGUGACUGAGGAAGCAUCGUCGGCAGCCUCGUCUGCGGCGUCUUCCGUCGCCUCCUCCGUCGCUUCCUCUGUUGGCUCCGUCGUCUCCUCCGUAGCGUCCUCUGCCUCUGAGGCUGCCUCCUCCGGCGCCGCCCCUAGCACCGCCUCCACGGCCUCUGCUACCGACGUCGUCGUCUCUGGCACUCCUUCCUCGUCCGCUGAUGCUUCCACCCCCACCACUCCUUCCACGCCCAGCCCUGCUACGCCCACCGCUUCGUCAUUCGAGGGUGCUGCGGCCAGGGGCGGCGCCGUCGCGGGCGUGCUGGGCCUCGGUGUCGCCGUUGCGGCUUUCGCUGGACUCUAGAUGCCUGGCUACGGGUAGUGGACGAUCUCACUGAUGUACAGAAGUAAUACGCCUGAGUCGAGGCAUGGGAGGGCCGCCUCUCCGAUGGAAUGCGAGCAGUCGUACGCAGCGAGGACGGUGUAAUUAUAAUUCUUAAAAAAAAAAUUAAAGUACUAAUAGGCCGAAAGGCUGCCUUUACUUUAAUCUUGCGACUCUUUUUGUUGCUCGAACUGAAAAAUGCGUGCUAUGUAUGCAGUUGCAUUCUUGCCUGUCAGGAUCGCAGCACCUCGAUAGUUACCUCGAUGUUGGGUAGUAACUAGUUAGCUGCUGGUAUAAGCAAGGAUGGUUCCAAG